GUAUUUAUGUUUUGGUUUUUUGGCUGCGAGGUAUGUGGGAUCUUAGCUCCCCAACCAGGGAUCGAACCCACAGCCCCUGCAUUGGAAGGUGAAGUCUUAACCACUGGACAGCCAGGGAAGUCCCUAUGGGAAGGAUUUUAAAAAUUCUAACGAGAGAUUAAAAAUGGUUUAAAACUCACAAAGUGUGCUUGUGAAUGCGGGGCGGUUCCUGCUGCACAUGUGCCCCUUCUCCAGUCUCAGGUGGGGCGUCGGAGACGUCAGUGUCUCCUGUCAGGGCAGCUGCAGCCUCUCUUCCUUGUUUUCUCUGCCUGGAGCCCAAGACUGGGCAAGUGGGCAGAAGGGAUCAAAUGAGGUAAAGUGUGAAAGUGUUUUGCAAACUGUUAACUACGAGACAUGCUGCGGGGCGUUGUUAUGAUGGCUCAGAGGGCAGAGCUGGGAAAACUGACCAGCUGGGAAGAACAUGGGCUUGCACCUCUUUUUAAGUCUCAAGAGUUCUCCUACCCCGCAUGGAGAAUCUUUCCAUCCUGAGAAAGGGCGGAGUCGCCUCCAACAGGCUUGGGGCUGGGUGGCUGCUCAAGUGUUGGGGAAUUUGGUAUUGUACUUCUGUUAACAGUGGUACCUUCCUGUGCCAAAGCACAUUGCUCUGGAUUGGGGCUAAUUUUCGCGGUGAUGGAAUGAGGAAAUAACGUUCUUAACUUAGUGUGUACUGGGACUGCCUAUUCUCUGGAUUUUUUCCUUCUCCUGUAAGUUCUGAACCCCAGAGAACAGGGUCCCCUCGUGUUCCCUCAAGCCUGUCGUGAGCACCCAGGACCAGUGUGUGUCCUCUCCCUUGGACUCCGGCAGGGGGCAGUCUUUUAAGAGCAGUAAUUCAGGUGUUCAGGGAGUGAGGGUAUGCUGAGGCUUGAGAAGGAGAAGGGGGCGGGGUGUGGAUAGAUGUGGCAGACAGAUGCUGAGAGGUGGGGGCUAAGCACAACAUCCUUAGGUCAAGUAGCCGGGGAGGGGUGCUGUCUCCGUCCGCUGCCUGCCACCUCCUCCUCUUUCCUUCACUGGAAGGGGAUCCAAAUGCUGGGCUUUCAAAGUUUGUGAUAGACUCAGGACAAUUUUGUUUAAUCUAUUCUUUUCCCGAGGAUUUCCCUCCUGGCAGGAUUGCAGGUUUCUCUCAUGGGACAGUGUAAUUAGGGAAUGAUUUCCUUGCUCUUCAGAGGCAGGAAUGAGCUGGAGUAAAUUUGGUUUCUCUUGUCUUACAUUCUUCCCCAUAAACAGACAAUAGGUAUGGUUACCUUCUGCCUGCGGCACACAGUGGGGUUUCUUAACUGUGCCCCUGUUGGUAAUCCGGGCCCAGACAGCUCUUUGCAGUGAGGGCCGUCCUGGGCAGCGUAGGAUGUUGAGCAGCAACCGUGGCCUCUGCUCACUGGAUGCCAGUGGCAUUUCCCAGUCAUACUGACCAUAAAUGUCCCCCGACAUUGCCGCAUGUGUCCUGGGAAGCAGAGUUGCCCCCAGCUGAGAAGCGGUGGCUUUGACGAAGGGCGUGGGAAAGACGCACGCCUGUUUGGAGCUAGAAACGGUGGGGCGCGUGUGUGCUGCCCACAGUCGGAGGGCCAGGCAGCCACCGGGCUUCUGGGAGCCAGGCCUCCCCUGGCUGGGCCCGCCUGGACGCUUGACCUUUCUCACCGGCCGCUCCUCCACUUCCUCUCGCCUGAUUGCCUGUCUCUCUCGCCUCCGCAGUUUCCCUGCUUCUCACACCGGGAGCCAGCGCUUUUUCUCAGUUCGCUCCUUGCAACCAGGACAGAAGGGCGACGGCUGAAGUGGGAAGCGCCCGGCGGCCAGCCGCCUUUGCCACUCCCUGGAGGGGUGGGAGGAGUUGUGGAGUCUUGGAGUCGAUGGGAACUGUGGAGGUGCUCCGGUCCCGCCUCCGCCCCAGCCAGUGAGGGAAGCCCUUACACGGCUCCCUGAGACCCUGCCCUCCCCCCAUCUGCUUGGCACCACCAGGGAUGUGCCGCCUCCUGAGAGCCGCCUCCGCUGUUCCUUAGAGGGACGGGUCGCUGCCACCACCACAACCGCUUCUGUCAGCCUCAGUAACUCUGACCUUAUUCCCGCUUUGUGGUGAGGGAGCCUUCUUCCUAGCUUGUAUCACGGUAACGUCGUUCCCUCCUUGGCUCUCUGUCCUUACGAUCGGGCUCUUCCAAUCCCAGGGACCGGGCCUCGGUGUUGACUCCGGUCUGGUGAGUGAGCCCUGGGCACGCUGGCUGGAGUGGCCGGCCACGGCCUUCAGCGCACCCCACCUCAGGCUCUGGAAUAGCCCCCGCUCCCCUUGUACUGGGUCUCUCCCCAAACUGAGUCUCUGGAUUCUAGCUGCCAAGCGGCCAGACCUGAGUGUUCUCAGGGGAGAGGUAAUUUUGCUCCCAGACAAACUUCUCACCCUCUUAAUAACUGGCCUUUUCUGUCUCUAGAACAUUUGGGACUCCAGUGGGUUUUUUGCUUGUGUGUGUGUGUCUUUUAUCUUUGUCCUAAACAUCCACGUGUAUCUCAGGCACCCCUUCACUGAAUGUUGGGCCACUUGGCGAGAGUGCCGAGCUGUCGGGAGGUGCCUGGCGUUCCCUGCCACACCCCCAGCACCUCCGCCGGGCUCGGCCGAGUGAACUGACUGCUCGAGAGGCCUGAUGAGUGGAGGGCAGCGAUGAGGAGGAGCAGGGCCUGGGCUGCCCUGUGCUCCGUAACCAGCGGCCUCCAGGCAGCUGUGGGCCUUCUCGUUAUGCAGGACGGAGGAGGGCUGGAGGCAGGGAGGUCUGUCUCACCUUUAAUUUAACCCCACUUUCUUUUCUUCGCCCCUCAAUAAGGAUCUUUCCCAGAUGUGAAGGUCCCUCCCUGGGCACUGCUCUGGUCAGACCAACAUCCAGUUGCCUGGGGACCCUGGUUCACUCCAGCACAGGCCCUUGCCUGGAGAGAGCCCGGCCCCUGUCCUGCCUGCUUCCCUGGGCAAGGCUGCCAGUCCUCAUACCCUCGGGCUCUCCGGCUGUGCUGUCUCCAAGGCCCAGUGUCCCCCACGUCUCCACAGGUGUUUGGAGAGUGAACACCCGGUACCCCCUCCCCUGCUCAUCCGCUCGACCUCUAGGACACGCCCAGCUCCACAAUGGCAGCAGAGACCCUCAACUUUGGGCCUGAGUGGCUGAGGGCCCUUUCUAGUGGUGGCAGUGUGGCCUCCCCACCCCCAUCCCCCGCCAUGCCCAAAUACAAGCUGGCCGACUAUCGCUACGGGCGAGAGGAGAUGCUGGCCCUCUAUGUCAAGGAGAGCAAGGUCCCCGAUGAGCUGCAAGACAAGGAGUUUGCUGCGGUGCUGCAGGAGGAGCCGCUGCAGCCCCUGGCGCUGGAGCCUCUGACUGAGGAGGAGCAGAGAAACUUCUCCCUGUCAGUGAACAGUGUGGCUGUGCUGAGGCUGAUGGGGAAAGGGGCUGGUCCCCCCCUAGGUGGCGCCUCCCGUGGCAGGGGCAGCACGCGGAGCCGAGGCCGCGGCCGCGGUGACAGUUGCUUUUACCAAAGAAGCAUUGAAGAAGGCGAUGGGGCCUUUGGCCGAAACCCCCGGGAGAUCCAGCGUAGCCAGAGUUGGGAUGACAGAAGCGAGAGGCGGUUUGAGAAGUCGGCCAGGAGGGAUGGAGCGCGAUCCGGGUUUGAUGAGGGAGGGGCUGGCCCGAGGAAGGAGCAUGCCCGCUCAGAUAGCGAGAACUGGCGUUCUCUCCGGGAGGAACAAGAGGAAGAGGAGGAGGGCAGCUGGAGACUUGGGGCAGGACCCCGGCGAGAUGGCGACCGCUGGCGCUCUGCCAGCCCUGAUGGCGGCCCCCGCUCUGCUGGCUGGCGGGAACAUGGGGACCGGCGUCGGAAGUUUGAAUUUGAUUUGCGAGGGGAUCGAGGAGGGUGUGGUGAAGAGGAGGGGAGGGGUGGGGGGGGCGGCUCUCACCUCCGGAGGGGCCGAGGGCCUGACGGCUUUGAUGACGACAAGGAUGGGCUCCCGGAGUGGUGUCUGGACGAUGAGGAUGAAGAAAUGGGCACCUUCGAUGCCUCCGGGGCCUUCUUGCCUGUCAAGAAGGGCCCCAAGGAGCCCAUUCCUGAGGAGCAGGAGCUCGACUUCCAGGGUCUGGAGGAAGAGGAGGAAGAGCCUUCCGAAGGGCUGGACGAGGAGGGGCCUGAGGCGGGUGGGAAAGAACUGACCCCACUGCCUCCUCAGGAGGAGAAGUCCAGCUCCCCAUCCCCACUGCCCAGCUUGGGCCCACUCUGGGGAGGCAACGGGGAAGGCGAUGAUGCUCUGGAGAAAGACCUGCCGGCAGCUGAAGGAGACGAUAUGAGGGCAGUGCAGCUGAGUCCUGGGGUGGGUUCACCCCCUGGCCCACCUGGAGAUCUGGAAGAUGAUGAAGGCUUGAAGCACCUGCAGCAGGAGGCGGAGAAGCUCGUGGCCUCCCUGCAGGACAGCUCCCUGGAGGAGGAGCGGUUCACAGCCGCCAUCCAGGCCCAGGGCCUGCGCCACUCUGCAGCUGCCACCGCCCUCCCCCUCAGCCACGGCGCGGCCCGGAAGUGGUUCUACAAGGACCCGCAGGGGGAGAUCCAAGGCCCCUUCACGACACAGGAGAUGGCGGAGUGGUUCCAGGCGGGCUAUUUCUCUAUGGCCCUGCUUGUGAAGCGGGGCUGUGAUGAGGGCUUCCAGCCGUUGGGUGAGGUGAUCAAGAUGUGGGGUCGUGUGCCCUUUGCCCCUGGGCCCUCACCACCCCCACUGCUGGGAAACAUGGACCAGGAGCGGCUGAAGAAGCAGCAGGAGCUGGCAGCAGCCGCCUUGUACCAGCAGCUGCAGCACCAGCAGUUUCUGCAGCUGGUCGGCAGCCGCCAGCUCCCGCAGUGUGCGCUCCGGGAAAAGGCGGCUCUGGGGGACCUGCCGCCGCCGCCGCAGCAGCAGCUCACCGCAUUCCUGCAGCAGCUCCAAGCUCUCAAGCCCCCCAGGGGUGGGGACCAGAACUUGCUCCCGACGAUGAACCGGUCCCUGUCAGCGCCAGACUCGGGCCCCCUCUGGGACAUACAUACCUCAGCCUCAUCACAGUCAGGCGGUGAGGCCAGUCUUUGGGACAUACCAAUUAACUCUUCGACUCAGGGUCCAAUUCUAGAACAACUCCAGCUGCAGCAUAAAUUCCAGGAGCGCAGAGAAGUGGAGCUCAGGGCGAAGCGGGAGGAGGAGGAGCGCAAGCGCCGAGAGGAGAAGCGCCGCCAGCAGCAGCAGGAGGAGCAGAAGCGGCGGCAGGAAGAAGAGGAGCUGUUUCGGCGCAAGCAGGUGCGGCAGCAGGAGCUCCUGCUGAAGCUGCUCCAGCAGCAGCAGGCGGUGGCUGCCGUCCCUGUGCCUCCUGCGCCCAGUUCCCCGCCCCCCCUGUGGGCCGGCCUGGCCAAGCAGGGCCUGUCGAUGAAGACGCUGCUAGAGCUGCAGCUGGAGGGCGAGCGGCAGAUGCAUAAGCAGCCCCCGCCUCGGGAGCCUUCGCGGGCCCAGGCUCCCAACCACCGCGUGCAGCUCGGGGGCCUGGGCGCCACCCCCCUGAACCAGUGGGUGUCUGAGGCUGGGCCGCUGUGGGGCGGGCCCGACAAGAGUGGGGGCAGCAGCGGCCUGGGGCUCUGGGAGGACACCCUCAAGAGCAGCGGGAGCCUGGCCCGCAGCCUGGGCCUGAAGAACAGCCGCAGCAGCCCCUCUCUCAGUGACUCGUAUAGCCACCUGUCGGGUCGGCCUGUGCGCAAAAAGACGGAAGAGGAAGAGAAGCUGCUGAAGCUGCUCCAGGGCAUCCCCCGGCCCCAGGAUGGCUUCACCCAGUGGUGUGAGCAGAUGCUGCACACGCUGAGCACCACGGGCAGCCUGGACGUGCCCAUGGCUGUAGCGAUCCUCAAGGAGGUGGAAUCCCCCUACGACGUCCAUGACUAUAUCCGUUCCUGCCUGGGGGACACGCUGGAAGCCAAAGAAUUUGCCAAACAAUUCCUGGAGCGGAGGGCCAAGCAGAAGGCCAGCCAGCAGCGGCAGCAGCAGCAGGAGGCUUGGCUGAGCAGUGGCUCCCUGCAGACAGCCUUUCAGACCAACCACAGCACCAAACUCGGCUCUGGGGAGGGCAGCAAAGCCAAGAGGCGGGCACUGAUGCUGCACUCGGACCCCAGCAUCUUGGGGUACUCCCUGCAUGGACCUUCUGGUGAGAUCGAGAGCGUGGAUGACUACUGACCAGCCCGUCCCACCAGCACCCUGGGCUAUAGGCCAGGGGCAGCAGCAACGGCUUGGACCCCUGGGUCCCCGGCCUGCAGGCUCCCCACGAGGAGCAUAGGAGGAAGCAGGGGCAGGGUCCCCAGCACUUGUUACAAACCACACGAUGCACCUUAACUCACCCACCACGAGGCACUUUACAGAUUGGGGGGAAGGGUUUUUUUGUUUUGUUUUUGUUUUUAAUUUUAAACAACAUUGAAGAAAACAUUAGAGACAAAAAAAAAUUGUUAAGAAGGAGACUCUAAGCACUCCCUUUCCCUUUUGGGGAUGGGGGAGCAACAAUGGAAGAUCCACAGAGGUUUUUGUUUCGUUUUUUUUUCUUUUUUUUUCUUUUUUUUUAAGAAAAAAGAAAAACAAAAAAAAAUGGUUAGGAGACUGAAAGAAAAAACACACUGUUAUUUUGGGGCAGUGGGGACACGGGCCCCACGGACCUGUCCUGCCUGGCCCCCGAGGCUGCACUUACCCUCCCUGCCCCACACGGUGGGCCACUGGGGUAACUGGAAGCUGGGCUGCCAGCAGUUUGCACAGCGAGGCCCCCUCAGCCCCGCCGGCCGGACCCGCUGUGAACGGCUCCCUUGUUGCUGUGACUGUGGCAGAGGUGUCUGAGGCGGGGGCCAAAGUAGCCCCUUGGCUUCGCUGCUUCUGGGGAAAGUUGCACAAAUGGGCCAGGCCGCCUCAGCGCCCCAGGCUGCCGCCCUGCACUGGCUGGCAGGGUGGAUGGGAGAGGGCCGGCAGUGCCAACCUCAUCUGGCUGUCAGGCCGGCAGAACUUCCACUCUGGCCCUGGUGAGGGGCUUCCCCCUCCGCUGCCAUUCGGGGGGCCGGCCUGGGUGCGAAGCUGAAAGUUCCAGCUCCCUGCCUUGCCACAUGAAUGUAUUCUCUGGGCCACGAGCCCCUGCUGCGCCCGCUGCCUCAACCCGAGAGAGGUGGGGGCGGAGCAGUUCCUCCAGGAGCUGGAGAGAGAGGCGCCACUUCAUGACUGUUGUUCCUCCUGUGAAGGGGGCAGGCGAGGGGCCAAGGAGGCCACGGAGUGGGCCGCUUGGGGCUUCUGGUUGCAGUGCGGGGCUUUUAGAAGGGAGCCCCCCACCUGCAGCCAGCUGUGUGGGACAUGGACCACCCAGCUCGGCCCUGACCCCUCCAUUGACCAAAUGGGAGAGGAGCAAGUGGCCUCUCCCCUCCCUGCUCCCCUCAUGUUUUUAAAUGUUGGGUAGGGUGGGGUGUCAAGAAUGGGAGUGUCUAUCUCUCCUGGGUCGGGGGUAGGCUGCCCUUCACCAACUUAUUCCCAAUCACCUACCUGGGUUUGUCUCCAUUUGGGUUGUUUUUUUUUUUUUUUUUUUAAGUUUGUUGUAUCUUUUGGAUUUCUCAUUUAACUUCUCCCGUGGACCUCAUUGCUCAGAGCGCAGUAUUAGGGCAAGAUUCUGCCACUGCCUCCCCUCCAUGAAUGUAUUAUCCUUCCUGCCCUGGGGAAAUGGGGAGUGGCCCCAGUUUUCUUUCCCCAUCUAUCCCCAGAGAGGUGAUUUUUUUAACUUUUUUUUUUUUUUUUUUUUGCACCAAAGUGGCAACUGGGUCAGUGUUGGGGGAUAAAGCUGGCCUCGGGGGUGGAGGGGCCCCCUCCACCUGCUUCUCCCUGGUUUCAACAGUGUUAGUGUCCGUGAAAAGACAAUAUUCUCUCUAAAGCAAUAAGGGGGUGAUGGGCCAGGGGGAAAUGUCUUGCUGCUGCUGGCCCCCCAGCUCCCCCUUUCCUCGAGCCAGUAUUUGGUGGCAUUAGAGGUGUUGGGGGAGUACUGUUGUGACUGAAUGUAACUGCCCCCACCCCUGCCGCAGCCAAUGCAGGGGGAGGGGGGAUGACACUCUUCCCCGUCUCUUCCUUCCCCUCCCCCCCCAGCUAAAGAGACUUUGAAUUUAGGGGGCCCUUGAGCCUGGAGAGGCCUUAACCCUGUGAGGAAGUGUAGGGGGAGCCCUCUCCCACCCCCAUCCCCUUCUGAGAGUGGUCAAUGUUUACAAGCCCCUGAGCCCCCCAGCCCAGGGACUCAGGCCCCUUGCUGUCCUUUCCCAGCCCGUCUUCCUGGGCCCCGGCUGCUCCCCCGCCCUUCCUGGGGUUAGGGUGGGUGCAGGGGUCAUUCUGUAUCCUUGUCUGCCUUGUACCCACCAUCUCCCCAACCUGUGUGACUCCCUUCUCGUCUACCUGCCUCUGUAAAUACUCCGCUUCCCCCAAAUAAAACUUGGUGUGUGUUCUCCC